UAUGGCAACUGUUGGACAAACGGCUAACUCCCUGCUACACCGCUAACCACAACAUUAAACUCAGGAAGAGAUGAUGGCAGACUCUGCACCCGAGGAAAUAGCGGUGAUCGGGAACAUCGAUAUCACCUCGGCAGAAUUGAAGAACAACAUUAGAAACACGAUGGUUGAGAUUGACAAAGGUCUUCUAAGGAAGAUGGAGAUCAGUGUUGCAGAGGCAGAGAAAAGGACUGGAAAGAAUGCUGUCAACAUGCAGGAGACUUACACUGUUUAUCUAAUUGAGACACGGCCUGUUGAUACUAUAACAGAAGGUGUGACCCCAGCUCCAGACUCAUUAUGGCGGAGAUACAGCGAGUUUGAGCUUCUUCGAAACUACCUUUUGGUCACGUAUCCCUUCGUUGUCGUUGCCCCAUUACCUGAGAAGAGGGCAGAGAUUGUGUGGCACAAACUGUCAGCGGACAACAUGGACCCAGACUUUGUGGAGAGGAGAAGGGUUGGACUGGAGAACUUCCUGCUUCGAGUCGCUUGCCACCCAGUACUCUGCAAUGAUAAGAUCUUCUACAUGUUCCUCACUGAGGAAAAAGGAUGGAAGGAAAUGGUGUAUGACACAGGCUUUCAAGCAAAGGCGGAUUCUAGGUUGAAAGCUAUGAAUGCAGCAUUUAGGGUGAAGAAUCCUGACAAACGCUUUACCGAGCUGAAACACUACAGCGAUGAGCUACAGACUGUACUCUCCCAGCUGCUGAGAGUGAGGGCGAGGGUAGCCGAUCGACUGUAUGGGGUGUACAAAGUGCAUGGAAAUUAUGGACGAGUUUUCAGUGAGUGGAGUGCCAUAGAGAAAGAGAUGGGAGAUGGACUACAAAGUGCCGGCCAUCACGUGGAUGUAUAUGCUGCUUCGGUAGAUGACAUUCUGGAAGAGGAGGAGCACUACGCUGAUCAGCUGAAGGAGUACCUCUUCUACACCGACGCUCUACGGGCGGUGUGUAGAAAGCAUGAGUUAACACAGUUUGAGCUGGAGACUGCUGCGCAGGACCUAGCUUCUAAGAAACAGCAGAAGGAGGAGCUGGUCACGGGGACGGUGCGGACCUUUUCGUUAAAGGGAAUGACCAGUAAGCUGUUUGGCCAGGAGACUGCCGAGCAAAGGGAGGCUAAGCUACAAGCAUUGGAGCAGCAGAUUGAGGAGGGAGAAGAGGCUGUCAAAGAGAAGAACAAAGAGAGCGAUGAUUUUGUGAAGACUGCCUGGGAAGACAUUGAAUGCUUUAAAGAGCAGAAGGACCGGGAUCUGAAGGAAGCCUUGAUAAGCUAUGCAAUCAUGCAGAUCAGCAUGUGUAAAAAGGGAAUACAAGUGUGGACCAACGCAAAGGAAUGUUUCAACAAGAUGUGAUCUUGAGGGCCAAAGCUGACCCUCCAAACAAACAGUAAAACAGAACAGGCUGCUUUUCAUGGGACUCCUGGGGUGGUGUCCCAAAUGGCACUCUGAGGCUUUUAUAGCACACUACUUUUGGCCAGAGCGCUGUGGUUUUGUGCUCGAAGUAGUGAAUUGGGUGCUUUUUAGUACACAUUCCGUAACAAAAUCCUUCGCUGCUGAAGUAGACAUGGCCAACCUACAGAGAGGUGAUUUGAUCAGCUAUGCACCAGAAAUUAAUCAUUUUUCAAUUUCUUUUCUAAAUCUUUAUGGAGUGGCUGCAGAGGCAACUAUUUUGGGAUCUUCUGGACUGAAAGAUCUGUAGCUUUCCAAUGCUUCUGCAGAUCCCUUAACAGUCUGUGACACUAAGCAAAAUAUACACCAUCUGCUCAAAUUUUUUUUGUUUUUCAUAAUUAAAACGAGCACCAUUUUCCAGAGAAGCCUGCUGUCUAUGAGUAGAGCAGGGACUGUGUGUAUAAGGGGAAAAAUAUCACAAAUGUAUUCUGCACAAGCUCAGCGGUUUUGGAAUGCUUCAGACGUUUUGGUUUGACAGCAUUAAGGUCAU